AUGUCAGUAUUUGCUAACACCCCAGAAGCUCCUCCGGAUGCCAUUUUCGGCGUCGCCACAAAGUACAAUGCCUCCAAGCUCGAGAAGAAGGCUCUUCUUUCUGUCGGUGUUUACCGUACAGAAGAUGGCAAGCCAUACGUUUUCAACUGCGUUCGCGAAGCUGAGAAGAAGAUGCUCGGCAAGCACAGCAAGGACUAUCUCCCAAUGACAGGCGAUGCUGCCUUUGUUAAGGCUGCUCGUGAAUUCCUUUGGGGCCCAGUUCUCCCAGAGAUUGCUGACAGAACAGCAUCAAUUCAGUCAUGCGCUGGUACUGGUGCUCUCUACUUAGUUGCCAGAUACGUCAAGGACCACCUCAAGGUUCCAAAGAUCCUCCUCUCCAACCCAACAUGGGCUAACCACAAGGCCAUCUUCAGCGAACAGGGUCUCGAACUCGGCACAUACGCCUGGGCUAAGGACUGCCGCCUCGACAUCGACGCUUGCAUCAAGUCCCUCGAAGAUGCUCCAGAGGGCUGCGUUGUCCUUCUUCAGGCAUGCGCUCACAACCCAACAGGCAUUGAUCCAACACCAGAACAGUGGAAGAGAAUCCUCGAUGCUGUCAAGGCUAAGAAGCACAUCCCAUGCUUCGACUUCGCCUACAUGGGUUGGGCAUCUGGCGAUCCAGACACAGAUGCUUCUGUUAUUCGUAACUUUGCUAAGGAAGGCAACUUCUUCUUCGUCUGCUUCUCCUUCUCAAAGUGCAUGGGUCUCUACGGUGAGCGUGUUGGCUGCGUUCAUGGUGUCUGCGCUAAUGCUCAGGAAGCUAAAUGCGUUGGCUCUCAGUUCGCCACAAUCGGCAGAUUCACAUACUCCGUCUGCCCACAGAACGGUUCAUACAUCGCUACAGAAGUCAUCAACGACCCAGAGCUCCACAAGAUGUGGCUUGAAGAGCUCAAGGUCAUCUCCAAGAGAGUUAUCGACAUCCGUGCCAAGUUCGUCCAGCUCCUCGAAGAGAAGUCCGGAAAGUCCUUCGAUUUCAUCGCUCAGCAGAAGGGUAUGUUCGCUCUCACAGGCCUUACACCAGACGAGGUCAAGAUCCUCGGUGAGGAGGAAGGCGUCUUCAUCCCAGCAAACGGCCGUAUCUCUGUCCCAACUCUUAACAACUCUAAUGUUGACUUCGUUGCCCAGGCUGUUGCAAACGUUGUUGCAAAGCGCAAGUAA